CCCCAACAGCACGUCCAAUUUUAAUGUGCGGCCGGGCCAGGCAAUCUUCAGAGCCAAGCCAGCGUAUGCAUUUUGUAAUGAUGUUGUUAAUUAUUUAUAACAACCUGGUAAGCGCGUGCUAAUGUGGACGAGACAAGUGAUUGACCUUUAUUUUCUACAGACAAUCUCAUUUUUUGUCCGUUAAAGUGUAAAUAUAUAACGUGGCAAGUUUUUGAGUUGAGUUUUUGGACCACACAGUACACACACACGGGGGAGAAGGACGUCAAAAGAAAAGCUGGCCGGCGAACCCAGCAGAGCGCACGGUGUUCGUCUUUGUUCACAAUGGCAAGUGUUACAAGCAGCAACAGUGACAUUCCCAGUGACUUUAUUAAGGAUUUGGAAAAAGUAUACGGCAUACCAGAGUUUGGCUGGAGGGUCCCUCUGAAUCACGAGUUUCCAGAGAAGUGGGGACCUCUAAGAGUUAUACGAUUAUCACAAACUUUCCAACUUAUUCCAGCGCUUUACAGAUAUGUGAAGUUUAUCAAGAAGAUGAGAGCAUUGGGAAGGAGACCAUUCAUAGACCUCUACCCCAUCCCAUUCAAACCUGUAUACGGGGUGCCAAUUGGUGGGAUUGGGUGUGGUGCAAUCAACAGAGGGUGGAAAGGAGGUUUCUGUCGCUGGUCCCUCAAUCCCGGGAUUUACACCUACAACUUAGUGGAGGCAAACCAGUUUACUGUACGGAUCAAGCGUUCUGGCCAGCCAUUGUAUCAGCAGGUUCUAUAUCCCGGCAAAGUCUCCAACAAACACCUGAAUCAGGCAUGGCAAUGGGAAUUCCCAGGAAGUCAGGCCCACUACCAUGGUCUCUAUCCACGUGCCUGGACAGUGUAUAGGAUACCAGACCAAGACGUGACGCUCGUGUGCAGGCAGAUCUCGCCAAUAUUUCCACAUGAGUAUAAAGACACAUGCCUACCAGUAGGUGUGUUCGUCUGGGAGAUCCAUAACCAUGGGAACACCCCAGUCGACGUCAGCAUCAUGUUUACAUGGCAGAAUGGGAUCGGAACGUCGUGUGACAAGAAAGGGGGGCGAUGGAACGAACCAUUUAACACGGAGGGUGCUGACAAUGAGUGUAGCAUGCAAGGAAUUCUACUUCAUAAUAGUGAACAAUCCAGUAUGAGAUGUACAAUGGGUAUAUCAGCUUCGUGUAGGGAGGGGAAUGAGGUCACACACUGCGUAGCAUUCAAUCCUGAGUCUCAAGCCAAUGCAUUAUGGGAAGACCUCUUAGAAGAUGGCGCUCUCAGGUCUUCAACAGCCCCAAGUUUCAAGACCCAACAAGGUCAGCUAACAGCAGCAGCUGUGUGCUCAUCGUGUUGCAUUGAGGGAAAGUCAACGAGCAAGAUGGAGUUCGUCCUGGCCUGGGACAUGCCAUCUGUUCAUUUCAAAAAUAAAGGCCACUCAUACUUAAGGCGUUACACAAGAUGGUUUGGUAGUGAUAGGAAGGCAGCACCUAAACUAUGCAGCUAUGCUCUACACAGCUAUCCAGAAUGGGAAGAAAAGAUAGAGGCUUGGCAAGGACCAAUUCUUAAGAAUGAAUCCACACCAGCCUGGUACAAGUCAGCACUGUUCAAUGAGUUAUACUUCGUAUCAGAUGGUGGCACUGUGUGGUUGGAAUCUGGAGAGGCGGAGCAGGUCAAGAAUGGAACCACUAGCAAUGGUGUCUUGAAUGAUCACAUUGGCAAUAAGAUGGAAGAACUCAAGAAAGAAGUAGGCCUCUUUGCAUACCUUGAGGGCCAUGAGUAUAGAAUGUUCAACACCUAUGAUGUUCAUUUUUAUGCAUCGUUUGCCCUGGCAAUGCUGUGGCCCAAGAUUGAGAUCAGUCUGCAGUAUUUUAUAGGUAACUGUGUUAACGUUAAGGAUGAAGAGACCUAUUCUCAGAUCGGCAACGGUAAGGUAGCUCAACGGAAGCUGGUUGGCUGUGUACCACAUGACAUUGGUGAUCCAGAAGAGGAGCCAUGGAAGAGAAUAAACGGUUACUACCAGCAUGAUACUUGCCAUUGGAAGGAUUUAAACACUAAGUUUGUCUUGAUGACAUACAGGGACUUUUAUCAGACUCAGGAUCAUGUGUUUCUCAGGGAGAUGUAUCCAAAAUGCAAGGCUGUUAUUGAAACAUCCAAAUUGCACGACACAGAUGACGAUGGUUUGAUUGACAAUUCUGGCUCACCUGAUCAAACGUAUGAUGCUUGGGUUAUGACAGGAGCAAGUGCUUAUUGUGGUGGGUUGUGGUUAGCCGCUCUACGAUGUAUGAUUGAGAUGGCAGAUAUUUUAGGUCACAUCACAGACUCCUUAGAAUACUCAGCGAUACUAGACAAGGGCAAGGAGUCAUUUGAGAAGAAGCUUUGGAAUGGCAAAUACUACAACUACGACAGUAGCACGAAGGAAUCAAGCCGUAGCAUCAUGGCUGACCAGGUGGCCGGUCAUUGGUACCUACGAGCCUGUAACCUCACUAAAGACAAGAAUGGCAUUGACGUCUUCCCACCGGAUCACAUCAAGAGUGCCUUGAAGACUAUCUAUGAGAUGAAUGUGAUGGGUUUCCGUGAUGGUCAGUUUGGAGCUAUGAAUGGGGUUAAACCUAACGGCAAGGUAGAUAUUACUAGUUUGCAGUGUGAGGAGGUAUGGACCGGGAUCACGUAUGGAUUGGCAGCCAAUAUGAUUCAAGAGGGUUUAGUGAAAGAGGGUUUCCAGACUGCCAGUGGUAUCUACCGCACCUGCUAUGAGAGAGCAGGGCUGGGUUACCAAACACCCGAAGGCUACAUGCUCAAAAAGGCAUUCCGCUCCACUGGGUACAUGCGCCCUCUAGCUAUCUGGUCCAUGCAGUGGGCACUAGAGAACCAACACAACCGCACUGUGUUUAGUGACAAAGAGAAAAUGACUGCUGAGAACGGGAAUGAGUAACUGGGUUGAUACUGUAAGGUACACUGAGGAUGUGUGCUAAGAGUGCAGACUCGCUAAGCAAACUAGCUAAGCGCAUUUCCAUGAGACAAAUGGUGUCUGACAAAGUUGGGGAGCGGUUCACUUGUUAAUUAAAUAGCUCUGAAAACUGAUGAGGGUGUUAAAAAAGGAAAUCAAAGUGUGGUAAAGAGGUUGACUCGUCGUGUUUAAAGGGAAUCACUCUAAAAUUAAUGGCAAUCAAAACUUACUUGGUUAGAUAGAAGUACAGCAGCUUUUGAUAAUAUUAAGCAUUUUGAGAAAUAGGUUAUGGGAAAUUAGGUUAUUUUUCCCCUGAGGAUUGUUACUGUCAGUAAUGCAUCUCAGAUUGUGAAUGAAUUCUAUUUAUGGAUUAUUCUUCCUUUACUCUUUAGGGUAGGGCCAGUAAACUCCUGACCAGUCUUUUGUUUUACAAUCGAUCAUCAAUACCUAAAUUUGAGCAAUGUUUAGUAAAAGGAAAGCUUUUUAAAAUACUGUUAAAUGUCGACUCGGAGUCUAAUAAAUAAUAAAAUAUCCUUCAAUUAUGUUGAGUACAAAAUAAUAAGAAAAUAAUAAUAAU